GUAAAUCCCUUUAUUUUGAGUAUUUAUUGCAGGCCAAGCAGAGGCUGAAGAGCGGGAACAAUAGCGAUGGCGUCUCGCCUCCAACUCGGCGGCGACAACACAGUCCUCCUCAGGGUUACCCACUCCAACAUUAAGAGUUUCUCUUCCGAAGUCCGUUUCGAUCUGGAGAUGUCCGUGGAGGAUCUUAAAGAGAAACUCUGGAAGAAGUGCGGAACCUCGGUUGAUUCCAUGCUACUCGUGCUAUACGACGACGCAGGCUCCAAGAUCUGCAAUAUUAGCGACAGUGCGAGGCCAUUAGGGUUUUACUCCCCAUUAAACGGGUACCAUAUCAAGGUUAUUGAUUUAGAUCCUUCAUCAGUUAGCUCUGGUGGCUGGCUAGAAGACACUUCAUUGGUUGAGAAGUAUACAAUAUCUGAAGAAGCUUAUAAUAAACGUGAUUCAAAUUUUAGAAAAUUUAAGGAGAAGAUGCUAUCUCAAAAUGCAACAGCUGAUGAAAACAAACUACCAGAGAACUACUUGGAAGAUCUAUGCAAGAACAUUAAGGCCGGAGACAGAUGUGAAGUUGAGUCUGGAGAGAAAAGAGGAGUUGUAAAGUAUGUUGGCAAAGUGGAGAAUGGAGCCCCUGGGUUUUGGGUUGGAAUUCAAUUAGAUGAACCACUGGGUAAACAUGAUGGCAUGGUUAAAGGUAAGCGUUAUUUUGAAUGUCCUCCACGACAUGGUAUUUUCCUUAGGCCAGACAAAGUCAAGGUUGGUGAUUACCCAGAAAGGGAUCCGUUUGAUGAAGAGGAGAUAUAAGCCAUGGACAUGUGCUACACAAUGUUGUUACUUUUCUGAUACAGCAAUUGCCAUGAUGCCCGCCUUCAUACUGUUUAUGAGUUAUUUUUUUUCUUAAAUUUAAUCUGGCCUUUGUACGAUAAUCUGUAUGGGAAAUCAAUGGAGAUCUUUUCAGAAUUCAGUCGUUACAAGCUGGCCAACCCAGUUUAUUUAUCUAUUCUUUCGAUUCUUCGUUGAAUAAAAGGAAUAAUCAUGCAUUUUUAGGA